UGCUGGCGCGCGCCCUGGUGGAAUACUGCGGAACUGCAGGUGCUCGGUUCCGGCUCCGCCCCCUGAGACCAAAGCCUUCCAGGUCACCUGGGAGCCUUCGCCCAAUGGGACGGAUGUGACCCCGGGAGGAGGUGGUGGCGUUCGGGACUAAGCUGAGGAUUUUGAAGAUGGCAUCAGAGAGCCCGGACAUCCCAUGUUCCUGCGACUGCUUUGUCUCAGUGCCCCCGGCCUCAGCCAUCCCAGCUGUGAUCUUUGCCAAGAACUCAGACCGGCCCCGGGAUGAGGUGCAGGAGGUGGUGUUUGUACCAGCAGGCACUCAUGUCCCUGGGAGCCAGCUCCAGUGUACCUACAUUGAAGUGGAACAGGUGUCAAAGACCAAUGCUGUAAUCCUGAGCCGCCCUUCUUGGUUGUGGGGGGCUGAGAUGGGCGCCAACGAGCAUGGUGUCUGCAUUGGCAAUGAGGCGGUGUGGACCAAGGAGCCAGUUGGGGAGGGGGAAGCCCUGCUGGGCAUGGAUCUACUCAGGCUGGCUUUAGAACGGGGCAGCUCAGCCCAGGAGGCCCUGCACGUGAUCACAGGCUUGCUGGAGCGCUACGGGCAGGGGGGCAGCUGCCGGGAGGACCCCACACCGUUCUGCUACCACAACACUUUCCUGCUGGCUGACCGGACUGAGGCGUGGGUGCUGGAGACGGCAGGGAGGCUGUGGGCUGCACAGAGGAUCCAGGAGGGGGCCCGCAAUAUCUCCAACCAGCUGAGCAUUGGCACAGACAUCUCGGCUGAACACUCGGAGCUUCGGACCCACGCCCUGGCCCAGGGCUGGUGGGAUGGGCAGAGCCCUUUUGACUUCACACGGGCCUUCUCCCUGACCCAGCAGCCCGUGCGCAUGGAGGCUGCCAAGGCCCGCUUCCAGGCUGGGCGGGAGCUGCUGCGGCAAGAGCAUGGGGGCAUCACGGCAGAGGUGAUGAUGGGCAUCCUCAGGAACAAGGAGAGUGGCAUCUGUAUGGACUCUGGAGGCUUCUGCACUACGGCCAGCAUGGUGUCCGUCCUGCCCCGAGAUCCCACACAGCCCUGUGUACACUUCUUCACGGCUACCCCAGACCCCUCCAGGUCAGUGUUCAAACCUUUCAUCUUUGGGGUGAGGGCUUCGCAGGCCCCCCAGGUGCUCUCCCCUACUUUUGGAGCCCAGGACCCAGUCCGGACCCUGCCCCGGUUCCAGACUCAGGUAGAUCGCCAGCACACCCUCUACCGCGGACACCAAGCGGCCCUGGGGCUGAUGGAGAGCGAGCAGGAUCAGGGGCAGCGGCUCCGACAGAAGCAGCGCCAUCUGGAGCAAGAAGGCCUGGAGGCUGUACAGGGGCUGCUAGCCGGGGAGUGGGCCCCCUCCCCCCAGGAGCUGGGUGGCCUCUUCCAGGCCUUUGUGGAGAGGGAGAGCUGGGUGUAUCCCUGAGCACCCUAGCUCCUCCUGGGUGGGGCUGGGUUGCAGGGGGCUGGGGGUGGGCACAGGACCCCUGGGGUAACAGGAUUUGAGCAACUCCUUCACACCCCUCAGCCUUGUUCUCAGUGGCCAGCUCAGCCUUUGCCUUAAUAAAUGUGUUUUAUUUCCUCGUUCAGUGAA